AUGCCAGGUCCUUUAGCCUCACUCUAUCCAAUUCCAGUCGCGUUGAAGGGACAAGGAGCUGCGCAUCAGAGAAUGAUGAGAGUCUGUACUUGCUAUAUUGGAAUGUUUAAAAUUCCUCAUACGGAGAGGACUGUGUACAAUGAAGAGAGACCGGAUUGCGAUGAGAUUUUGAGGAAUAAUCAAGCAGCAAGAAUGGCUAUUCCGGAGAAUCUGCGGGCAAAAGAAUGGGCUGAAGAAAACCAGAGCCCGGGCCAAAUCCGAGGGCCUUGCUCAGAACUCGCCCAAAUAUACACCCAAUUCAACGAGCAAUUGACCCAAAUUGGCGGCGGACCCAUCCUUAGCCUUUUUCAUCGAGAAAUGAAAGACGUUCCAAGCUGCGAUGACAAGGGAUAUUUCCAAGCUUUCCAAUGCAAUCGAAAAAGAACGAUUUGCUGGUGCUCCGAUCCUUUUGGCAAAGAAAUUCUAAACACGAGGGAUUAUCAAAGAAAUUUGUUUAAUUUAAAUUAUUUGCAGAUUUCUUGCCAGAGACACGCUGAAAACUUCCACCACCCGACCUUGCCAUUCUCUGCCGAAUUUGUAGAGCCGCCGCAAGUUCAGCUCAAAUCUUCGACGAGCAAUUCUCAACUUUCAACCGACACUUUUCUUAGCUUUUUUGACAGUUCUGUUGCAGAAAAACUCAAAUCGGGUUGA